AAAAAAAAAACAACAAUUGUUGAGAGACAAAAAAACCCAUCAUCUAAUUAUUUUUAUUAAACAGUACUUUGGCUAUUAACGGGUUAAUUAACAUUUUUAUUUAAUUGAAAAAUGUGGAAAAUUUUUUAUUAAAAAUAUGAAAUAUUUUUUAUAGAUUAAAAGUAAAUUCCUGUAAUAUCGAAUCUCAUAAUAACACGUCAUUUCUAGGGAAUAAACAAUAAAUAUUUAGUUUAUUUUCUCUCUGACUUUGUCUGACAAGGACAUUUGUUUUGACUUUUGACAGUUAAAUUUAAUAUAAUAUCAAAGUGAUACACACAAUUAAUGAUAAUUAUUUAUCAUUAAAAUAAUAAUUAUCUAUAUCCAUGUAGUAAAUAAUCAAGUCAAUGGCUGACAAUAAGUUAAAUGAAUUUGAGGUAAACACAAAGCCUUGUUGUACAAUGGAAGAGAGAACAGAAUAUUUUAUAAAAUUAGAAAAAUGGUUACAAGAAGCACAUGCAUGGCAAAGUGUUGCUGCAAUGUUUCCUUAUUAUUUAAUGUCUGGACAAAUUUAUCAGCAACAAAAUGGUGCUCCAUUUGUAUCACAAAUUCAACAUGCAGGAAUAACUCCAAUGUCAAAUGGGCAAUCAGUUCCAACACCAGAAGGAAUUGAAUAUCGCAUACCACCAAUAUGGAAGAGAUUUGUAGCUGAAUUCAUUGAUUCAGUUAUGUUGUUUAUAUUGAAAUUAAUAUUAACAUUAUUUAUACUCGAUGUCAUGUCAGCAAUGGACCUGGAGCCUUAUAAAUUGGAUUUAUUGGAAACAAGUCUUCGUAUUGUUGAUUAUCGAAUGGCAAUGGAAGUUGCAUCAAAAAUACUCAUAUGGGAUUUAGUACACAGAUUGGGUGUUUGUAUAUUUGAGGCUGUUUGGAUACAAAAUGGUACACAUGGACGUAUUGGUGGUGCAACACCUGGUAAAAUAAUUAUGGGUUUACGAGUUGUACAAUGUCGUAGUAUAACACCAGUUGAUGUACAAGAUAAUACAACAAUUGUUAGAGUAUCACCUGGUACUGAUUUGGGACUUCCUUUAGCACUUGGACGAUCACUUGUUAAAAGUCUUAUUAUGACACUAUUAUUUCCAAUGUGUUUUUCAUUAUUUUCAUUUCGUUUUAAUCGCACGGGAUAUGAUCUUGCUUGUCAUUCAAUUGUUGUUGAAGAUCCAUACAGAAAUCAACAACAACAACAACAACAACAACAACAACAACAACAACAACAACAGCGUCAGUAAAAUAAAAUACCAAAUAAAUUAAACUUGUAAAAAUUAUAAUAUAUAUUAAAAUAAAUAAUAAAAAUGUAUAAAAAAUUGUCGUGAUAUGUACAUAUAUAAAAUGAUAAAAUACAAUUGAUUUAUUUGAAUCUAU